AUGGCAGGUGGUGCAGGUGCACGUCGUGGUCCUCCGAACGGUGGUCCGCCAGGUCCACCUCCCAACAAUGGUAACUACCAAGGUCCGCCGCCUGGCCAUCCACUGUUCAACCAAUACAACAACUACCCUGGUGGCCCUCCCCCUCAACAACAGUACAAUGGUCCUUCUAUGAACCAACAGCAAGGUCCUCCGCCCGAUAAGCCUCGAUCCGGAGGUUUUGAUGGUCCUGGAGAGCCCUCGCGUGGUUCAAAUCCGUACGGCCCAGGUUUAGGUUACGACCCUGCAAAGCCCAAGCCAGUCGAGCAAAAGGUCAUCACCAACACACGUAUCGAGCUGCCAGCAUCCGCAUACAAGCUGGAAGGCGGUUCAUUUGGUGUUUUGCAGGGCUUCUUCUAG